AUGCGCCACCAAUUACACGGAAAGUUAGAAGUGAGUAUGCUCCUUGGAUUACAGAAAAUAUUAAGAAAAGUACGCAAAAUAGAGAUUAUCUUAAAAAAGGCCGUUAAAUCGGGCACAAGGAAUGUGCACGAAGCGUAUAAAAGAGCAAGAAAUGAAGUAAACAAGCUCGUUAAAAACACGAAAACUAAAUACUUUAUGAAUGCCCUAAGUGAAAAUAAUCAAAAUCAUAAAACAAUGUGGAACACAAUUAGGACAUUGACAAACAAAAAUUCUAAAACAACUAACAUCACUGAGAUCCACGUUGAGAAUGACCACUCUGUUACCGAGCCUAAACAGAUUGCUGAUGCCUUUAAUACAUUUUUCAUUAAUAUUG